GACCCCGCCCCUGACGUCAAUUAUAGUGUCAGGCAAGGAUUCCCAGUCACUCGACGUCACCCAGAGGCCCGGCACCGCCCCGUGCUCGGCAGUCAAAACUCCCAGAGUGGCCAUUGGGUACCGGCGCCCUGGCCCUGCCCCCUGACGUCACCGAGGCCCGGCCAUGCACCUCAGUGUAAACAUCCGCUGUCCCGCCCCCGCCCUGCGCGUGACCCGUGACCCGUGACCUGUGACCCCGUGACCCGCGGGUAUAAACAGCCCCGGGCAGGGAAGGUGCUGGGAGAGAACCUGACAGAGCCGGUCUAACCGAGGCGGCAACACCGCGACCUCUGAACCCGUGCCUCAGAGACAACACCGCGACCCUCUGGCGACCUCUGACCCUGUGACCCUGUGGGUGUGACCUCACGACCCUGGCGCCCUCAGCGGUGACCUUUGACCCCGCAGCGACCCCGAGACCCCAGGACCCCUGCACUUAUCCACAACUCUGGGACCUCUAACCCCGCGACCCCAGCAGCGACCUCUGACCCUGGUGAAAGCAGGAGAACCCGGGACACCAGUGACCCUGCAACUUCUGACCCCACUAAGGGCAACAACUCUGAGACUGUGCGGUGACCUCUGACCUCUGACCCUGGGCUGUUCCCCCGAGAUAACAGUGACCCCAGGAACUCCAACUCAGCUACAACCUGGUGACAACCAAGGUAACCCAGGGACAACCUCUGACCCCUUGAAUCCACGACUUUUCACCCAGUGCUGACCACUGCAGUGUGGGGCAGUCUGAGAGAGUGCGUGACCUUUGAUCUCUGACCUCUGACCCCGACCCAGGACGAUGCUCUGGCCCUGUCUCCUUGCCCUGCUCCUCUCCCAGCUCAACUUUCUCUGUGCUGCCCGUCCUGGCCCUGGACCUAACUUCCUGCUCAUCAUGGCUGAUGACCUUGGCAUUGGGGACCUAGGCUGCUAUGGCAACCGCACACUCAGGACGCCACACAUCGACCGCCUGGCCCUUGAGGGGGUGAAGUUGACUCAGCACCUGGCGGCUGCGCCCCUGUGCACCCCGAGCCGCGCUGCCUUCCUUACCGGGCGCUACCCUGUGCGGUCAGGGAUGGCAUCACAUGGCCGCCUGGGUGUAUUCCUGUUCUCGGCAUCAUCUGGGGGGCUCCCGCCCAAUGAAGUCACCUUUGCAAAGUUGCUCAAGGGUCAAGGCUACACCACCGGGCUUGUAGGGAAGUGGCAUCUGGGGCUGAGCUGCCAAGCAGCCUCUGACUUCUGCCACCACCCUGGGCGCCAUGGCUUUGACCGCUUCCUGGGCACGCCCACCACCAACCUGAGGGACUGCAAGCCAGGGGGCGGGACCGUGUUUGGCUCUGCCCAACAAGUAUUCGUGGUCCUGCCCAUGAAUAUUCUGGGGGCAGUGCUGCUGGCCAUGGCACUUGCGCGGUGGGCAGGGCUGGCCCGGCCCCCAGGGUGGGUGUUCGGGGUGACAGUGGCUGCCAUGGCGGCGGUGGGCGGGGCCUAUGUGGCCUUCCUCUACCACUUCCGCCCAGCCAACUGCUUCCUCAUGGCCGACUUCACCAUCACCCAACAGCCCACGGACUACAAGGGGCUCACACAGCGCCUGGCAAGCGAGGCUGGGGACUUCCUGCGCAGGAACAGGGACACGCCCUUCCUGCUAUUCCUGUCUUUCAUGCAUGUGCACACGGCACACUUCGCCAACCCUGAGUUUGCCGGGCAGAGCCUGCAUGGGGCCUAUGGAGAUGCUGUGGAGGAGAUGGACUGGGCCGUAGGCCAGGUCCUUGCCACACUGGACAAGCUGGGCCUCGCCAACAACACACUCGUGUACUUCACGUCCGACCAUGGCGCACACGUGGAGGAGCUUGGCCCCAACGGUGAACGGCAUGGCGGGAGCAACGGAAUUUACAGGGGCGGGAAGGCCAACACGUGGGAGGGUGGCAUCCGUGUGCCUGGACUUGUGCGCUGGCCCGGCGUGAUUGUGCCCGGCCAGGAGGUCGAGGAGCCCACGAGCAACAUGGACGUCUUCCCCACUGUGGCCAGGCUUGCAGGGGCAGAGCUGCCGACUGACAGGGUGAUUGACGGGCGUGACUUGAUGCCCCUGCUGCUGGGCCAUGUACAACACUCUGAGCAUGAAUUCCUGUUCCACUACUGCAAUGCCUACCUCAGCGCUGUGCGAUGGCGGCCCCACAACAGCUCGUCCGUGUGGAAGGCGUUUUACUUCACACCGAACUUCGACCCCCCAGGCUCUAAUGGCUGCUUCUCCACACACGUGUGCAUGUGCCACGGCCACCAUGUCACGCACCAUGAUCCGCCCCUGCUCUUCGACAUUGCCCGUGACCCCAGGGAGCGCCACCCGCUCACGCCUGAAACAGAGCCGCGCCAUGGUGAGAUCCUGCGCAACAUGGAUGCUGCGGCCCGUGCACACGUUGCUACCCUAGAGGAGGCGCCCAAUCAGCUUUCCAUGUCAAAUGUCGCAUGGAAGCCAUGGCUGCAGCUCUGCUGCGCUUCCAAGCCCCACCCACUCGCAUGCCGCUGUGCUGGCGACGGGUGAGUUGGGCAUGCCAAACACACAGGUAUGCAAGCAUGGGACACUGUGGCCUGGUGAUUUCACCUCCUGAACUGAUACCUGACACAAUCUUGCUGACAUGUAUGAAAACAUAUGAACAUGUAUGAACAUGUGUAUGCUGAGUACAAAACACAGGAAGAGCCCCUCAGCAUGACCCUGUAUGAAUAAAUGAUGUGGACACGGA